AGACUUAGUCCGCCGGAAGUGACCCUUUUAGCCGCGAACAAAAACAAUCCGGAAUUUCAUUGUGAUACAAAAUCAAUGCAGGAUUCCGAGCCACUGAUUAGCAAAUCUACCCGAUUUCGUGGACAUUUCAUUCUGGACAAGAGUCGAGAACGUUUGGGUGGAGGUCAAGAUAAAAGUUUUCUCGAGGCGUCUGUCAAAUGUUCGGAAAUUCAGCGACCUUUUCUCACAAAUGAGGCGAUUGAAGCGAAACGAAUCGAUCGAACUUCAAGAUAUCGCAUCCGAUUGGAAUACGAAUUUGACUCGGCCGUGGACAAGACAACAGACGAAGCUCUGGCCUCUGUUGAAUUACUUUCAUCUUCCGAAGCUUCCAGAUCUACCAAUAUUCUGUCUGAAUUGAAGCCAAUUUUAAGGAGUAUUGUCAAUCGAUUAGUGGAAACUCAUCAUUCCGAAGCUAUGGAGAAUAAGCAUAGAAAGAGUACAAACUAUUGGCGUUCGAAAAGUGUGGAACCAUCGUCCAAAAUGGUAUCCAGCGUAGUUCCCACCAGUGAGAUCAUUCGGACUAACAAAAGCCAGUCUGGUGAAAUGAGGAGAUUGAUUAGAAAAGCAAAAGCAGAGAAUCUAUCCUGUUCGUCUGAAGCGGUUUGCUUGGGCCAUAUAUCUUCACCGAUAGUGGAAGAUUUUCAGCAAACAAUUCCACCAAUGAAACCAUUCAAUUUGCCAUCGUUUCGCCGUUAUGAGUGUCAAGGUUCGAUGAACACGUUACCCAGGUGUAUGUCACGCUUAUCAGAUCGUAUCCCAUCUAUGACUGACUAUGUGAAUGGGGACACACCAACUUUGCUUGUACACGCUCCAAAAAACAAUGAAAAGAAUGUGAAAUUCCAGCCCCAAACCGGUAAGUCGAUAAUCACGAAACUCGAACCGUUGACAAACACCAUCCUGUUUGUUUCGUUCACCAAUCAUAAAGUGAUUCCCUGGUCUUGUCUGCGUGAAUCGCCCAAUUGGUGUCCUCUUGCUUUGCCAACUGUUGUUCAUGUAGCUGAUCACGUGAUCCGGUUCCUCAGUGGGUUGUAUCAGUUGUAUACCUAUUCAGUUAGUACGAUUCACUUGGCGUCUUCCUUACCAACCGAAUUCCAAACGAUAAACAAUGUGUCUGAUUGUCUUGUUUUGAAAAGUGAACUUUUGACUCCCGACCGGUUAUGGUCCCCGUAUGUGUCACGGAUUUGUGAGCCCAAAGCCACACAAACUAUGGAAACUCAGGAGAUUCUGUACUCCAUAUUCACUCCUCGUGCAAUAUCACAACGACGAGCGGGAACCGCCUCAAAUGCAGUUCCACUGAGUCCUCGUGCGAUGGACAAACCGAUCCAGUCCAUACAGCUGAGAGAGAGUGGUAGUUUCGAAACCCGAUCGUUGGAUCGGCAUAAUCACAACCGACCUCCUGGUUUACGUAUUCGCACCAAUUCAUCUGCCAUGCACAAUAUCAUUAUGCCUUUGAAUCCGUUCCAUCGACGCACCAAUCUGCGCCAGCUUCACAGCGGUAGACACACAUCGAAUGGACUGACCAAGAAUCCGACGGAACACACACGAAGUCGUUUUCGGGAAUCUGCGACUAUCGGGAAUCUCACGUUCGAACUGGUCAAAGAUGGUGUCAAUAUUAUCCCCGCUACUUGUUUCGCAUCAUUCGACCGGAACUCGGUCGGUCUGAAUGCGUUGGAUUCAUCUCGAUCCAAUGUUCUGGGCUGGAAUAACAACUCGACUGGACGAAAGAUUCAAAAGGUUGUUUACUAUCCGAUUGUACGACCGGUUUGUACAUGUGGUUCCAUGGGGCCGUAUGUGAUCCAUCGACGAGUUUAUAGCACGGAUUCUUGCGUUCAGUACAAAUCCAAUGUGAUCAUGCAUCGGUCUAACUGUUGUCAUUGUUCCUGUCCAGGCUGUACACGCAGUUGGUAUCGUUCUGUGGAGCUCUCCGAUUGUUUGCCAUCUAGCCUAUGUAGACGAAUUCGACGAAGACGUCGACGUCGUUGCUGCUCCUUAUCGGAAAAAGGUGGUUUGGUUUAUUUGGAUCUCGAUCCCGGUUACUAUGCACUACAUAAGUAUUCACCAAAGGAACGAGAUCAAACUCCACCACCGAAACAGUCGACAGGAACUACCGAAACUGCACAGGUCGAUAGCAAUGCAUUAGGAUUGGAAGCGGAAAGGAACCAACAACUGUCAGUGGACACCGAAAACAAUUCAGCCGUAUCGGCAAAACAUCAUUGCCACUAUUUUACAUUUCUCGGUUGUAGUUGUAUUCCCAUUCAACCAGAAUUGGAACCAUCCGGGCUGCUGGGUAAUGAUUAUACCAUUGGUAAACGUAGCCCAUUUAGGAAUUGGCGAAGAAAACUUCACAGUUCGGUUAAAAAUCGCACAAAAAUCGCGGGUCACAGGCCCAGACUGAUUGCAGUGGAAUUACCGUUGAUGUUUCCAUCUGAACUGGUCACUACUUGUCCUAGAUCACCACGGCCGAGAACGCAACGAUGUGUACCACGCUAUCCGUACCGUUCAUCCUAUGACCAGUACUACUCACGUUCCAUGCAACGAGAACAAUCUCGCGGAUCGGCACGAAAAUUUGUGCAACGUUCACCGUCGAAGGGCUACCUCGAGACGAAAACCUCAUUACGACGUGCACAAUCAGCAAGACGAUUGAACGAACGAUUGGUCAGAUCACAAAAUUCAUCUACGCGAGUCCAGAAAGAUAUGUCCGCUGAGGUCGUUCACAGCCGUGUAACUGAGUCGGAAUCGUCACAGGCAAUCCGUCAAGCGGUUCCAUCUAAUGAGGCUCGUCACUCAACGGUGAACUUGGUCCCGUGCAUAUCUCCCUCGAGAAAAUGUUUGGCUGACGGUCAAUUCUAUUUCUUCGCUUCUAGCCCGGAUUCCAUGACCUCAGUGAGAUCAGAAUGUGUGAAACCUGCAAUUCAAUCCGCGUCUGCUCAAACAGAUUACAAAAUCGGACAUUUUUCGGCCGAAUGCCUAGUUGGAAUUGGGGAAGCACUAGGUGACUGUAACAGUAAACGCACAGACACUCCUCAUGUGUCUCACAGUUUUGAAACUGUUCUGGAAAUCAGACAGCCAAAUGUAUCCACCUACAUUAUCCCCGAUAAAUUAUGCUAUGAAAACCAGGCACACCAUGCUAUUGCAUCCAAGGCGGUAGAAUGUGUGAUGUCGCCUGGGAAUGAUCGAUCAGCAACGGAUUCGAUUUCACAGUUUCGCGAAACAUCAUCAGUUCAAUCUUUACGGGAUCCACUAGAGGAUAAAGCGAUUGGGAUUACUCAUAAUUUGGGAAAUGUUCACACACUGUCCACGGAAAAGUCGAGACGAGCUGAAGAUGAAAGUUCCCCGUCAGAAAUAGUGCAUAAAUCAAUCUAUGUCGAUGUGACUACGACACGUGAGUCAUCCGAACGACCAGUACUGAGGACAGUUCGACAGCGAGCACUUGUACCAUCCAUAAGACGAACCGAAUUAGGAUAUUCCACAUCCCAGGCAUACGCAUCACACGGUCCAGUGCAGGUUAUCAACCAACCAAGCAACUCGCUCGGAGAUCCGACCUACUCAGCCAAUACCGUAGGCCGAUUGAAUUCCAAGAAUGUGUUAACCCAUAUUGCAGAUCGUAUUUGGUACAAACCGUCACAGUCUUGCACGUUUGAUAAAAGUAUGACUAAGACUGAAACGCGACCUCCCGUACUAGUUCCGUCUGCUUCAAGACAAAGUUGCCGGAUUGGGACACAACUGUUGGAGGACGCGAUUCUGGUCAUUGAUGAGUGCAAGUUCCGAUCAUCUUUUGUGCAAGGCACGGAAUCUUUGACGCAAUGCACUUUAGAAAUGUGCGCUUACAACAGUCCGAUCCCGGAUUUGAACAUUGCCGGUGGGGACAUAAAUCGAACGGAGGAUGAUAUUUCCGAGCCGGUGGAAUACAAUGUAUUCGCUCGAACGGAAAACAAGGGCAAAAGAAUCAGACCACAAAAAACACGACAAAAUUUGUCCACUUCAGUCACACAAUUAUCCACUCCAACAGAUUCUGGAAAUUUCGACCAGUGGAGUUCUGUAAGUCUGACUAGUCCAGUUGUGCCAUGUGUCUCAUUUGAAUCGAACAGAACACGAAACUGGAUAUCAAUGAAAAAUCUUACAGCAUCAAGUACAAACAUCAUGCAUCCUUUUGAUGGGCAGUACGCGUCCGAUAAUCCGAUGGAAAUCCUCAGUAAUCAUGAGGCUUCAACCACACUGCAUGAUGGUUGUGUUUCUGGUAUUCCAUUGGAUACGAAUGAGACAGAGUUGAGUUUUAAAGGUUCGCUUAGUUGUACUCCCGUGGUCACUGUUGAUACCGGUGAACUGAUGGAAGAUGAACCAACCGGACAGUUUAUGUUCCAUGGGGUUGGAGACGUGUCACCUGAAUUUGACUGUCCGUCAGAAGAAUCUUCUUUAGAAUUGGACAUGGUGGAAAAACCGAACAUUCAUUCACCAAACCUGAAUGUUAGAACAGGUCAUGAAACUGGGUAUAUUGUCCAAUCAUACGGUCCGUGUGAGAAUGUGGCCUGUUCGAGUGGGGUAUUCAAUUCGCAGGACUGUCAACCUUGGGGAACAACAACCGAGAGCAAGUGGAGAUCACGACGCGUUCGAUCACUCUCACCAAAUGUCAAACUGUUGGAAGUCACACAGUUCCUUCCGGUUAACCAACCACAAGACGAAGAACUGCUAACAGAAGAACUUAUUCCAUGGAAAAUAUAUAACCCAGGUAUACAUAAAUGCCCGAACGCAUCGAAACCGGUCAAUAUUUCUCUCGAUAGUCAAGAUCAACAAACUAGCAGCUUGAGAUGGCCACAGUCUCAGCCAUGGUGUCGUUGUCCAUCAGAUAAUAUUUUCAAGGUCAGAUUGGCCCAAGCUACUCCACUUUCUGGGUCCCCACUCGCCCGACGAGUGUUAGCCUUAUAUCCACCUCGGAACUCACGUAUCGACUCGUCCAUGACCAGAAAUUACCAAUCAGUGGACACAAAUAAUUCCAACAGCUGUAUGCUAAAUGACAGCGAACCGUUUAUGGAAUCCCAUACAGUUCCACCAAAUUUGUCCAUCUCCGAGCCGCAGUCCUACUGGAACACAGGGUGUGUUUCUCGACUGAAAAUAACCAACACCACCACCACCACCACAACAACAACAACAGCCCUAUCUACCAGUGUGCCUAGGUUAACUGGAUCAGAGAAGCAGAUAGUCGAAUCAUUACGAACGGAUCCGAAACCAGAUCAGAGUUCGCAUAACAUCGAAUUGGAUACCAGUUAUACGGAAACGAUCCGUCCGAUUGCCUAUGUGGCAUCAAACAAUGCGACCGGAACAAUCACAUUGUCCGAAAGCAAACUGAUCGUGUCCGAGUGUUUUUUUAUCACAGAAGAUAUGAGCAUUGAUAACGGCGAUUCAGAAUCGAAUCAUCCGGGUGAAUUGGAUGAGUCGAGUUGUUCGGUCCGGUUGGAUGAACCGGAUCUGAUCAGUAAUACAACAGCCGAUCCCUCGUCCGUAUCAGAUUCGCGAUUCAAUUGUCGUUCGGCACCCGGCUACUAUUGGUAUUUGUUCGAUGCCGACAGUGAUUCAUGGAUUCCGCAUCGGGAAUUGAUCGAUUUGGCUCAGGGGGAUGAUUUGAUCGGUGCAUUGGAUCUGGUCGAUUUGAACUAUUGCGAUCAAGAAUCGGUUUCACACAGUGCAUUUCUCUCACUGGACGCGGUGACCGACUAUUCGGAGGCUGAUUCAUGCAUUCCAUCCCAAAUUGCUUUGAACACCUGUCCAACCCCGACCGAGUCCGGAUCGGCAUUGAAAAACGGGCGAGCUCGGAGUUUGCAAUCAUUUUUGCCGACCCAAAUCGCUUCGAAUCCAAUCUCCGGGGCAAAUCAUGCUCAAUCCACAGAUCUGACCGAAUUUCAAUCUUUUUCAGACCGUGCCAGAUCAGGAGAGAAAAACGAAAGUGUAACAUUCCCUCAAAACUGUGUUCGAUUGAUCACUGGGAAAAGGGAAUCGAAUAAGAAAUUGAUGAAUUCACAAAAAUUUGUGCAUACUGUUUCCGAUCACAUACUGGAGGCGGCAAUUGAUUUUGUGGAUAAUUCUUUUGGAUUGUUAACGGCGUACAGUUGGACGGUGAAACUGGACCAGCAAAAAGUGAUUCAUUCCUCCGGACAAAGAAAUCGUGCUGGAUUGGCUCAAUUCCCGAACCAAUUUAGAGAAUUAACGUACAGUGUAGAAAUUGUUGUUUGGAAUCUACCGCAUUGUGGUUUUAUUUCCAAUUACCACUCAUCUGUUCCCUACCGUUACAUGUAUCUGAAAAGAUCCCUUAGUCUAUUGCUACGUGAUCAAUUUCAUCUGCCUGAAAAAGCAUUAGGAAUAUUCACCUAUUGGGACACACUUAGUUGGAACAUGCUAACGGAAACGGAACAAUGGGUAUUACCGAUCACAAUUCAUUCACUGACCUGUUCGCGUUUUGCCGUAACCCAGACAACGAUCCAAUGGAACCCGAAUGAUGUGAUCUGUACGGACCAGUAUUGUUUAGCUGGAACUAUGGAACGCCAAGUGGAAACAGUAAGUGUGUGCACCCCGUUGUGCAAUUUGGCCAGACGUGGUUUUGAGCCUCAGAAACGCACUGGUCUGUGCUUGUCAACCAGAAGUUUCUCUGAUCCGUUCAAAUCGGCUUGGGCCGGUAGAAGGUCUGUGUACCGGGCACCGGAAAAUAUUUGUCAUCCAAAUCGAAUGUCCUGGGAGACCAAUGUGGAUUGUUUGCCGGCUCUAAGACGAAAACGCCUAAGCGAAACACUUGAUUUGAACCAGUGGUUCUCAAUGCUACUUCGUGAGUCCAGUUCGGCCGGUCACGGAACAAAUAAUUUUCGUUGUCGAAGGCGAAGUAUGACUGUGAAUCAUAGAACUGCUACUACACGUAAUCCAUCUCACGACGGAGGCUCGAUAGACAACGGUCUUUUUUUGGAAACUUGA